AUGUCUGUCCACAAAGAAUCAGAAACCGCUGACCCAACAAGGGUAACAAAAGACUUGGUCGGUGCCAGUGAAAAGUCAAACGUGUAUUCAUUCUCUCCUGACGCCACGGCUGCUGAAAAAGCAGCACUCGCCAAGUCAAAAGAGCCAGUAGGGAAAGGCCCUGUUUCUGAAAUCCCGAGUAGCGACAUUAAUACCACCAAGACUCCAGCCGCGUCGUCCUCGUCUUCGACCUUGCCUUCCUCCGUUUAUCCAGACCAGAGCCCCUCCGACUCUGACCUCUUAGUCCCAGGAGGAAUCACUUCCGCAGUAUCAGACGUUCCAGACUGGGUACGUGUCGGCUGGAACAAGGUUGCAGAAUUGGAAGCGACGGAUCAAGAAAAGGAUAUCUUUGAGGCUAUAAUCGGCGAUAUUUAUUAUGGGAAACUUUGGCUGAAUGUCGGGGCGGUAUUCGUAGGAAUUCUCUUGACUUGGAUUAUCACAGCUUUAGGGUUUGGCUUCGGUUGGGUAGCGCUUCUGGCUGUAGUCACUGCCACGUACUUCAAAAACUCUUCGUACAGAUUCUACCGUGCGACCCGAAAUAAAAUAAUUCGCGAAUUAUCGCAAAAACGCCUCGAAACUGAUCUUGAAACGACCGAAUGGCUUAACGAAUUUAUCCGUCGUUUCUGGCUGAUCUUCGAGCCGGUUCUGUCUUCUAUGGUAGUACAAAAGGUCGACGCAAUUCUUGCCGCGUCUACUCCUGCAUUCUUGGAUUCCAUUAGACUUUCAACGUUCACUCUUGGCACUAAACCGCUAAGAGUUGAGAGUGUGAAGUCUUACCCGAGAGUUGAAGAUGACAUUGUGGUCAUGGACUGGAAAUUUGCGCUUGAACCUAAUGAUGUCGUAGGUUUGACACAAGCUCAACUUCACAACAAAGUAAACCCGAAGAUUAUCCUCACUGUCCAUGCCGGCAAAGGCGCGACUAGCACAAAAAUACCCAUUAUUUUGGAGAAUAUGUCCUUUUCUGGUCAUCUCAAAAUCCAAAUGAAACUUAUUAACACGUUUCCCCAUAUUCAAACUGUCGAUGUGAGCUUCCUAGAACCACCAAAAUUGGAUUUCGUGUUGAAACCAAUUGGGGGUGAAAUGUUUGGUUUCGACAUUGCACUCAUUCCGGGACUGAUAUCAUUAAUACAUGAUACUGCUAACGCAGUGUUAAGUCCCAUGCUCUAUCAUCCGAAUAUAUUUACUCUCGAUUUGGAAGAUAUCCUUGGUGGCUAUCCAAUAGAAAUGUCUGCUGGUGUACUCAAACUCGUAAUCCACAAUGCCGAAGGUCUAAAGAACGUUGAAACCUUCGGAUGCUCAGAUCCUUAUGUCAAAGUCUUAGUCCAUGGCAACAAGGAAGUUGCUAGAACGAAAGUCAUUGAUGAUACACUGAAUCCUCAUUGGAAUGAAACCCAUUACCUGAUAUUGACGACUUUGGCAGAACCGCUACACUUGGCUUUAUUCGACGCGAACCUGAGCAAAGAUAAACCAUUAGGGAAUGUCGUUUUUGAAUGUUUAACGUUGAACGAGAAGCCGAUUCAAGAUUCCAUUACCUCUCCUGUGAUUCUUGAUGGGCAAGAACAUGGUACACUCACUUUCGAUGCUGAAUGGUACCCAGUCAUACAUCCCAAGCCAAAUGAACCAUUGCCCGAAUCAAACAGCGGCAUUCUUCGCCUUAUGCUAAAUCAAGCCAAAGAUUUAGACGCCAGUAAAUCGGUUGUUGGGCAAUACAAUCCAUAUGCCGAAUUGAUCCUAAACAAGAUGCCAGUUCGCAAGACCAAGACGGUUAGGAAGACAAAUAACCCGAUUUGGAAUGAACACAUUGAAAUAUUUGUAACAAAUAAAGCCGCAGCCCAACUGGGAAUAAUUGUCCGCGAUGAGCGUGGAUUUGCAGAGGAUCCCGCCGUUGGCGUAUGGCGUAGUGAUCUAACCGAAUUUAUGAAAAGCAUAGAGAAGAAAAAUGACUGGUUUAAUCUCACGAGUGCUGCUACUGGAAAGAUCCGAUUGGGUUGUUUAUGGAUGCCGGUUCUAAUGGAUUCUGUUCCACAUCCAGCUGGAUAUGUUAAUGCAAUUGGAAUAGUCAAGUUGAAAAUAAAAUCCGCAAAGGGUUUGAAGAAUUUGGAAACCUUCCGAGGCCAAUCAGAUCCAUAUGUUAUAGUCUCACUGGGUUCAACGUUCCGUAGUAGAACGGAAGUGAUUAACAACAAUUUAAAUCCGGAGUGGCAAGAUGAAUAUCACUAUGUGCCAGUACACACCAAUAAAGAGAUCAUAGUUCUUAAUGUAAUGGACUUUGAGGACUCUGGAUCUGAUAGGCGACUGGGGAGAACGCAGUUACAUCUCAGCGAUCUUGUGAAUAAGAAUGACGAUGGAUUAUAUGUGGCUAGCAAGAGUUUGGACAUCUCUGCCCCGUUGGUCUUUGAAAACAAGGAAGAAAAAGGUGAACUAUUCUACGAAGCCUCAUUCCAUCCUGCUUUGGUACAACCCGCGAAAACGGAGAAGAAAUCCCAAGGCGGAGAGGAAAAGGUUAUUGAAACAUCCAAGACCUCGAAGGACAUUAACAUUUUUGAAUACCAAUCUGGCACGUUGAUAAUCAAUAUACAUCAAGCGAAGGUCGACAAGAAGAACGUGUUUGUUGAGUGUUUUAUUGACGGUGAAGUAUAUCCGUUCUAUAAGACUGAAAGUCUAAAGGUUCCUGAUCCUAUAUGGGAAACUGUAACCGACGUCGCGGUGAAAGAACUUGAUUUUUCCAGACUGACGAUUAGACUAGUACAAAGGGUCAGUAACGAACUAAUUGCAGUUUAUGAGGAGGACGUGAAGAGUUUAUUACGACGGAGCAAAUUAGAAGACGGUGUGUGGUUGACAUCUUCUGCGUCACCUGAUGUAAAGUUGAACAUUUCAUUGGAUUACAUACCAACCAAUUUACCAUUGGAACCGAGUGAAAGCGUUAGCAAUCAGGGAUUAUUGGUGGUGACUGUCAAAGACGCCAAAGAUCUUCCAGCAGCUGAUCGCUCAGGCACAAGCGAUCCCUAUAUAGUAUUCACUUAUAAUAACGAAAAAAUAUUCAAGACAAAGACCGUAAAAGAGAACUUGAACCCUGUUUAUGACGAGCGUUUUCAAGUACAAAUUAAAUCGCGUACGGCGUCCAAUUUCUAUUUUGAAGUAUUCGAUUGGAAUCGAAUAACUAGUGCUACGUUGUUAGGCACAGCUCAAAUAAAUCUUAAUGAUCUUCCAGCGCUUGAAGCAAUAGAACGUGAAAUUCCCAUUUCUGGCGGAAAAGGCAGUGUUCGACUUAUUCUACUAUUUCGCCCCGAGUUUGUUAAAAAGGAAGCGCGAGUAUCCUCCUUUGUGGCUGGAGCUAAAGUCGCCGCUAAUGUCGGUAGUGGUGCUGCUCAGGUUGCGUCAAAUUCAGUUAGAAGCGUGGUUUCGAGUGGAGGUGCGGUUGGAAAAGCCGGUGUCAAUGCUGUUGGUACUGCUGCCGGGGCUGCAGCAGGUUUAGUAAGCGGUGGUGCUAAAUUUAUGCAAAAUUCAGAGAGGAAUGGAGAGAAUGGCAUGUCGAGCAACCGUAGCUCAACAUACAUGCAACAACCAGGAGGCGUUUCAAGUGCACGCAGUUCAAUGUACCUUGAUCAAUCUGGAGAAAUCGUUGGUAUGCCUGGAACACUGACUUUACACGUUAUUGAGGCAAAAGACUUACCUCCCGAACGUACAGGACCAGGUAAUCCAUUUGUGCGCAUAAAAGUUAACAAGAAAGAUUUUUACAAAACACAAGUAAUCAAGAAGUCGCAAAAUCCCAAAUGGGAUGAGGUAACUGUAUUAAAGGAUCUCACGGGUGUUAACAUAGUGAUAAGCUUUGGAGUCAAGUUCUACAACAGAAUAACCGCCAACGUAGAUAUUGGGGAUUAUGAAAUGGUACUAUGGGACCAUAUUCUUCCAGGAAAAUUUAAUGAAGAUUUUUGGGCAGAUUUGGGCGAAGGAAAAGGAAAACUACAUGUGAAGUUGGAAUUCGUACCAAAGUAG